UUAUUACCUAUCAAUCACCAUAACAAAACCUCGAUUUUUAGAAAAUUAAAAAUUACCCAAUUUGCAGAUUCCUUCUUUGCUAAAACUAAAAGGUCAAUUGUGCGCAAAGAAGAGAGAUAGAAAGAAGAACACUUUCCAACAAAAAUGGCGCAACAAAGUAGUGGGAUUCCCUUGAUUGAAAUCUACUGGUCUUUGGUUGAUAAAGCUGAUAAGAAGUUCUCCAAAAUCAGGGACUUACCUCUUUAUGAACGUAACAGGUUUGACACUUAUUUUUACAAAGUAUUCAAAGUUUAUACAGAGUUAUGGAAGUUUCAACAAGAAAAUAGACAAAAACUAGUAGAGGGCGGGCUCAAGCGAUGGGAGAUUGGUGAGAUUGCUUCUCGAAUUGCUCAGCUUUAUUUUGGACAGUAUAUGCGCACAAGUGAGGCAAGCUAUUUGUCAGAAUCAUAUGUAUUCUAUGAAGCAAUAUUGACAAGGGAAUAUUUUAAGGAGGGCUUGUUACAAGAUCUUAAUAUAGCAAAUAAACAAUUGAGAUUUCUUGCUAGAUUCAUUACAGUAUGCUUAUUGUUGAACCGUAGACAUAUGGUUCAUCAGUUGGUUAAUCACUUGAAGAUUUUACUUGAUGAGUGCAAGCGGAGUUUUCAGGAAGUUAACUUCAGAGAAUGGAAGCUGGUUGUCCAAGAAAUCGUUAAAUUUCUGAAAGCUGACACCAAUUUUUUGAACAUAAGGCCGCUGAGAUACAGUCUUGUUCUUGAUCCUCAUCCAGACACUCUGCCACAUGUUGUUUCACAAAACCCAAAGAGAAAUUUAAAAUUACGAGAUGCAGUGCUAAGUAGCUAUCAUCCUAAUGAGGUGAAAUUCUCAGAGGUUACCUUGGACACUUACAGAAUGCUCCAGACUCUGGAAUGGGAGCCUUCUGGAGUAUUCUAUGACUCGGUAGGUGGUUCAGGUCCAAAUGGAACAACAAAAGCUAUUGGCCAUAGCCCCACACAAGAUAUUUUUGAUCCAACCUUGCCGGCUAAUCCACGGAAAGCUGUCCUUUACCGCCCAUCCGUGACACAUUAUAUUGCGAUUCUGGCCUCAGUUUGCGAUGACCUUCCGCCUGAUGGUGUUCUCCUCAUAUAUUUGUCAGGUUGUUAUGGGAAAAGUGGACCGGUUUUCUCGUCCUCCUCUGGUCCUGUCAGUCGUCUUGGUCCCGAUAACAAUGUCAAGACUCCUCAGACUUUCUUGCAUGAAACUCAUGUAACUGAUGACCUAAGCCAUUUAUCUAUCCCAGGCUAUGAAGGUUUCUUUAGUAACCACCUAGAUUGCAUACAUAUUGGGUCCCGUGGAAAUGAAGGUUCAAAUUUCAUUUACCCAUCUGACUUGCUUCCAUUUACAAGAAGGCCACUUUUCAUUAUUAUUGACAGUGAAAGCAGUACAUCUUUCAAGAUUAUAAGUGGAUCAGAAAAAGGAGAACCAGCUGCAAUGCUCCUGUCUCCAUGGUUUUCACCGCCUACUUCUUCCGGCGAGUGGUCUUGGCAUAUAAACGGGAGUCUGUUUACCAUCUUCCUCACAGCUCCAAUCCAGGCAUUCUGCUUCCUGCUUGGAUUUUCUGGGUCUGAUAUUCAAAUGGAUGUCUUUGAAACUGCAAACGAGCUUCUUUCUUCUUCUAUGAAUGAAUGGGGGUUGACGUUGGCUACAUCAGGUGCUCUUGAUCCUGUUUGGGCCCAAGUUUAUUGCGAUCCAUUCCUUCGGCGCCUCCUUCUUAGAUUUAUAUUUUGUCGAGCAGUACUUACCUUCUACGCUCCUACACAUAAGAAGACUGAAUUCAUUCCCCAGUGCCUGCCUUCUCUUCCGGAAUAUGUUCAUCCAACAUCACCUGCAAUUGAAUCUACUAUAAUUGAAAUCGCAAACGUGUUUAAUGCUGCAAGCAGUUUCGAUUUUUCAGAGAAAUCUGUACCAGCCAUAGUUCAAAAGAGUAGAAAUCAUCCUGAAUCAUAGAGAGAUUCCUCACCAAGGAGAUUACAAGACUUUUAAAACUUCUACUCUUUCUUUCUGAGUUUUUUCCGAGCUUAGAAAUGACCGCCUUUUAUAUGAAGCACCCAGCUUGGUGAGACGGUAAAAAUGAGGUCAGAACUGGGUGUAAAGCCUGUUCCGCGUGAGCAACUCGCUUGUGACGGUAACGUGCUGCUAGUCGGAGGGAUUUCCAGGUUUAGAACGAAAAACCAGUUUCGAUUUGUACUAAGCUUGAUGAUCAAGUAUUUUUCGACUGGCUUUUUCUAGAUUUGAUGUAUGGUGUGGGUCAGUCAGUGUAUUCAUGUAAAUCACCCUAUUUGAUGUAUUGUUGCUUCUGUUCCUUCAUGGUGCAAUAAGUUCUGAGUAAUUGAAUUAGUUUAAGUUCCAACAAUAAACAUGCAUGUCCCCCUAUGCCUUUUUCCUAUGAUAUACUCGAAAAUAGAAAAAAGUAAUCUUUUUAUAAUAAAAAAAUUCCAAAAGUAAGCGCUGGAGCAAGAUAAUUUGCCAAAUAAAUGUCUUUUACCUAAAUUUGAGAUGAAAUAUUGUCCGUUAUUAGUAACAACGGAUGAGUAUUAAACUGAAUCAA